AUGGUCUCCCUAGAAAAAGCCCUUCAAUCUACACUAAAUUCGACGACUGAGCAGCCCACGAGCCCGCGGGCAUCUUUCUCGUCUGAUUUUUUCGACGAGCGCGACUUCAUCUCCAUAUGCCCCGACCCUAUGUGGGGCCUGCACGGCUCGUUAGACGAACUCAAUAAUUCCGAACUUGACAUGAUUGAGUUCGAGUUCGAGUUCCCGUCCGGAAGCCGGCGGCCGAGCACGAUGAUGCCCGCGGACGAGCUCUGCCACCAGGGCAAGAUGCUCCCCUUCCUGCAGCCCGGCCCGAAAAAACCCGGCCCGAAGCCUCGGGAAGAGACGGCGAAGAUGAGCUGGUUGCCGGACGAGGGCCCGUCCCCGAGGCCCCCGAAAUGCACCGUCCUUUGGAAGGAGCUCUUGAGCUUGAAAAAACGGCGCGCCACGUCAGCGCCGCCAGAUCUUUCGUUAAGUGAUGCUGUGGGUAAAAAAGUGAUUCAGCGCCGGAUAAGGCCGGGGAUUAGUGUGCCGAUUUGCAGUCAGGCGAAGAGCGCGGCGUUUUCUCCGAUUUUUCGGUCAAGAAAAGGUGGGUUUAGAGAGGUGAGGUGA